GACCUGCUGUUGGCCGAGGACUCCCCAAGGAGCCCGCCUACUUGGAGAGGGCCGGAGGGGGACCAUGCAGGGGCGGCUCCGACAGGUCCUCCAGGCCCACACUGCUGCGGAAAUGUUGGUGGUCUACGAAGAAGAAGAUGGAGUUUAUCAGGAACUCGUCUUCGAGGCAGCGGACUUCUACCGCUAUUUACUGCGGCCCUUCAGGGAUACAUAUCUAUCCUAUUUAUUUAUUUUAUUUUGUGAGUGUGUUUGGUUUUGUUCUCUGCAGGUCUGCCUUCUUGAACAGCUCUCUAUUUUAGUGACUUGCAUUCCAUUGUUCCUCUUCCCCACCGAUAAGAUGAAAAACUUCUCCAAGCAAGAGGGAGCCGUAGACGCGGUAGACGGCCUGGAAAUCCAGUAUUACGAAGCUCAGCGGGAGUUAUACGAAGUACGGUUUGAGAUACUGAAAUACGAAGAGCGGUUGCUCAUUCUGCAGUUGGAGACUGUAAGAAGACUACUUAAGGAGAAACAGGAUGAAGUUGUAUAUUAUGAUACACGUGAGAACCCCGAGGAGCUUAAAGGGCUCGAUCAGACAGUGGACCAGCAGGACUCCCAGAAUCCGGAGCAGAAGAAACUUCAUCUGCAGUUGCGGCAGCUGGAAUCCCAACGGGGAAUUAUCUGUGCAAGAAGAGCCUAUCUCAGGAACAAAAAAGAUCAGUGUGAAGAAAACAGGCAGCUCAAAGUGAGGCAGGCCCAAGGGAGUCACAGACACUGCCUUCAGCAUCAUAACAUUCAACUGAAGCGUGACAAGAAGAAACAGGAGGAGAGAGAGAAAAGAAAGUGGAUUAACCAGGAACACCAGAAGACGCUGCAGCGGUUGAAAACCUUCAAAGAGGUCGGAGCGAUUUUAUGCUUUCCAAAGAACAGUCGGAGGUGGCUUGGAAUUACAAAAGUGAAGAAGUUCAAACGCUCGGCUCGCUCGGGGCAGAAGGCCUCCAGUUCCGAUCCAGGGGGGCCCGCUCCUCACCUCGACGUCUCCCCACCGACCAUGUCAGCGGAUGCUCAGCCUCUGUCCCUAAUCUACCUGCCUCCUGCGCCAGUGAAGAGCAAGGGCCAAAGCGGGAGAGGAUUGAUGGAUGAGGUUCUGGCCUCCUUGAAGCAGGGUGACUCUGGCCUCUGCCAUGUGGAGCAACCCCACCCUCCGGGUCUGGGCAUCUCGGCCCGGGACGACCACCUUGCCGCCAUCAGGAGAGGCGUUAAAUUGAGGAGAGUCACCCCAGGCCCCACCCUGGAGAUCAAGGCGUCCAACAGCGAGCUCGAGAGGAGCAUCAAGGCGGCCAUGAGGAGGAUCAAGAAGGUGUCCGCAGACUCUGAAGAGGAGGACGAUGGCGGCGAGCAGAACAGCGGUGGAGAGUGGGAUGGCUAGCCCCGGGGGUCGGGUCAUCAUCAUCAAUCGUGUUUA